AUUUAUAGGCCUAUCCUAUCUAUAUAAUUGCGCAAUUUUGCUGCGCAAAUACGCACUGGUUUAACCUAUAUAGAGACACAUUUUGUUAAAUAAUGACAUAUUUUAUCUCGAAUUACGACCCCAAACGUCCAAAACGGGGCAAGUUUGGUCCAUAUGUUGUGUGAGGUUUGCUCCGGUGUGACUUCACACCUCCACACUUUUGGAGACGCGUCAAAAGUCCAAUUUGGCAGCGCGGAUAAAAAGGAGGACCCUGGCAUCCCAUCUCGGACUCACUUCGGAACCCACGCCCCGAGGAUCGUACUUUUUUUCCUCCUUUCUUCACUGCAGCCAUGGACGUUGGUGGAUUUAAUCUUUUAGCUCCACUCGGCAACAACGACGCGAACCCGCAGUCUCGCCUGUGGAGACCGUGGACCGGAACCGAGACCAGAACAAGCGCUGGAACGCAACCAGCCAAACCAGCCAUGUUCGUCCACCCAGUCAAGUUAUUCUGGCCCAAAACCAAGUGUUUUGACUACUUGUACCGAGAGGCCGAGAUGCUCCUGCAGAACUACCCGGUCCAGGCGACCAUCUGCCCCUUUAACGACCCCUCCAGCAGCGAGGACGACACCGAGGAAGAGGAGGACGACGUUGAUGAAGAGCAAAUGGACAAACUCAACUAAAAGGACUUCCAAAAAAAAAAAAUGCUUUAAUAUAUUUCUAUAUUUAUUGCUGUGAAUAACUGUAAAUAUCUGCAUUUAAGUUAUUUUAGUCAACGUUUCUACCUGUUUUGUA